AUGGCAGAAACUCCAUCCAAGCUCCCGGGUCUUCCGGGCUUUAAUCGGGAAACCAUUCGGCCCUGGUUCGUGGCUGUGGAGGUCUCAGUCAAUGUGCUCGCCGUGGUUUCGGUCGGGAUGCGCCUGUUGAGUCGACGCCUCAAGCGUCAGCGGCUGUGGUGGGACGACUACACCAUCAUCUUCAGCCUGAUCUGGAACCUGAUGGUCGUCAGCUUUGCCUUUGCCAUGUACAGUAACGGCAUGGGACUCCACGCCGACAAGGUGCCGAUGGAUAACAUCGUCAUUAUGGCAAAGUGGCUCGUUGUAGCCGAGAUCUUUUAUGCGUGGAACCUUGUCUGGACCAAGAUCAGCCUCUUGCUCAUGUACAUUCGUAUUUUUCAGACCAACAUCAUCAGGCGCAUCUCCAUCGGCAUCGGAAUCUUGGUCGUCUGUUGGGGCUUCACAAUCAUGUUCAUCUUCAUCUUCAUCUGUGUCCCCGUCGAGAAGCUGUGGUACCCACAGAUCCCCGGUCACUGCAUCAACCAGGUCGCCACCUGGAUCGCCAACGCCGUCUCGACUAUCCUCACCGACAUGGCCAUCCUAGCCAUCCCCUUCACUCAGGUCUGGAAUCUUCAGCUGCGUCGGAUGGACAAAAUCGGGUUGACGUUUGCCUUUGGGUUAGGUUUCUUCGUCGUCUUCGCAUCAACAUACCGCACCACGGUCCUCUUCACCUACGACGAAAACGACCCAACUUACACUUUAGCGCCGACGGUAGGCUGGACGGCCAUAGAAAUGUCGGCCGGCAUCAUCUCAGCCUGCCUGCCAACAUUGCGUCCUUCCCUGCAGUAUUUCGCCCGCAAGUGCGGUAUCAAACGCAGCACCUUUGGCAGCUCGCAAGGCGAAGCAUCCGACCAGUCCCAUCCGGAAAGCAUGGGGUCGGGCACCGGGCCGCAGCUCACUAUUGGUGGGGGCAUGAUGUACGAAAGCCAACAGCCACAAACUCGAAAUAAGCCGCGGUCGACCACCGUCUCGUCGAGACAUGAGCUCUACGACGGCAAGACAGGCGUGUUGGGAAGCAUCGAUGCGCGAAUCAGCAGCACCAGCAGCAGAGGCGAUGAAAGGCUUCAUGGGAAUGACGAUGAGCGAGCGACGGCGGUAUCUUUGCAGAGUCCACCCGAUGCCGAUCUUCGGCCCGACGUAAGAGCUGUCAUGUUCAGGGUGUCGAGUUAUACUUCCAAUGGUGGGAACGGCGACUCUAGAAGGAAAGGAAGUGAAGUAGAGAGUGAGAUACCGCCGAAUGGUAUAAUGGUGCAAAAGGACAUUACUCAAUCAUCGUCAAGGAUCGCGCCGCACGACGAUGAUGGUAGUGGGAGGUGGUGA